CUGCAUUGUCCUCUGACUUCUUCACACCGUUCACUGCUUCGCUGGCCACUCUAUUCUUUAUUCCUCUCAUAACUAAACCUUUUGUUUUCUCACUCAUUGCUAAUUAUUAUUCUUUUUUUUAAAAAGGAAAAAUAAUUCACUUCCUGAAUCUCAAGCUUUUUUUAAUACGUAAUUUUUAAAUUUUUGAACUCUCUAUCUUCACUUCUUGUAGUAGUUGUUGUUGCUGUUAUUGGAAUCUUAAACUUCAAAAUUGCUCAUUAAUUUCAUGCAAAAAUUCUCUUCUACAUUCAUUGGAAUCUCAAACUUGAGAAUUCUAACCACUUAAGCAAAAGGGCAAUUUUAAUAGUAGCUUAUUUAGUGAAUAAGCACUUUUGGAUAAGCUGCUUCUGAGCUCUCUCUUAUGAAUCCUUCUGCUUCAAUUUUGCUUCCUAUCAGCAGGAAAAUGUGAACGAUGGCAGCGGUUACAUUGAAUUCAAUUGUCAAUAUCUUAUACCUUACUAUAAGCAAACAUUCCAUGAAGUUCUACUCAUCUCCGUUGCAAGCUUUCAUUUUGAUCAUUAUAAUUCUUUCUCCUCUAGUUAUUGCUGACCUGAAUUCUGAUAAGCAAGCCCUUCUUGAUUUUGUUACUUCCGUCCCUCAUCGUCGGAACCUUAAAUGGGACCUAACUACCUCAAUAUGUACAUCUUGGAUAGGCAUCACUUGCAAUCCAAACCUUACUCGUGUUGUUUCUCUCCGGCUCCCUGGAGUCGGACUAGUAGGCACCAUUCCAGCCGAUACACUCGGCAAAAUUGACUCGCUCAAAACUAUUAGCCUUCGCUCGAACCUACUUAGUGGAAAUCUACCUCGGGAUAUUACUUCUCUUCCGUCUCUACAAUAUCUCUACCUUCAGCAUAAUAACCUUUCUGGUGAAAUACCAACCUCGUUGUCAUCGCAACUCAAUGCACUUGUUUUGUCAUACAAUUCAUUCACCGGUAACAUUCCGAAGCCAUUACAAAACUUAACACAACUAACCCAUUUGAGCCUCGAGAACAAUUCGUUAUCUGGACCGAUACCUGAUCUCCAUGUCAAUCUCAAACAGUUGAAUUUAAGUUACAACCAUUUGAAUGGCUCUAUCCCUUCAUCUCUACAUACUUUCCCAAGUUCAUCCUUUGAAGGGAACUCUCUUUUAUGUGGAUUACCUCUAAAGUCGUGCUCAUCAGUCCCUCCUUCAUCGGUGCCUCCUGCAUCGGCUCCUGUAAAACAUAACUCCAAAAAAAAACUUAGUAAAGGAGCUAUCAUUGCAAUUUCUGUUGGUGGAGCUGUUCUGUUGUUUUUUGUAGUACUUGUCAUUGUUCUUUGUUGUUUAAAGAAAAAAGAUAACGGAAACUCGAGAGUUGUUAAAGCGAAGGGACCUAGUGGUGGUGGUGGUGGAAGGACAGAAAAACCGAAAGAAGAGUUUGGAAGUGGCGUGCAAGAAUCUGAGAAAAACAAAUUGGUUUUCUUUGAGGGCUGUUCUUAUAAUUUCGAUCUCGAGGAUUUGUUGAGAGCUUCGGCUGAGGUUCUGGGAAAGGGAAGUUAUGGAACCGCAUAUAAGGCUAUCUUGGAGGAAGCAACAACAGUUGUAGUGAAAAGGUUGAAAGAAGUUGUGGUAGGAAAGAGGGAAUUUGAACAGCAGAUGGAAAUUGUUGGAAGCAUUGGAAAUCACCCGAAUGUCGUUCCACUUCGCGCUUAUUAUUAUUCGAAGGAUGAGAAGCUUUUGGUUUGUGACUAUUUCCCAAAUGGCAAUCUAUCUAUACUCUUGCAUGGUACUAGGACAGGCGGACGAGCUUGCUUAGAUUGGAACAUGCGAGUAAAAAUCACUCUCGGAAUUGCUCGGGGAAUUGCGCAUUUACAUUCAGUUGGCGGUCCAAAAUUCACACACGGAAAUGUGAAAUCCUCCAAUGUCCUCAUAAGCCAAGAUAACGAUGGCUGCAUUUCAGAUUUCGGCCUGACACCAAUCAUGAACGUUCCUGCGACCCCUUCCAGAACUGCAGGCUACCGUGCUCCCGAGGUAAUCGAAACUCGGAAACACACUCAUAAAUCAGACGUUUACAGUUUCGGUGUCCUCCUUUUGGAAAUGCUUACAGGUAAAGCACCACAACAGUCUCCAGUACGCGAUGACAUGGUUGAUCUGCCUAGGUGGGUUCAGUCUGUCGUUAGGGAGGAAUGGACCGCCGAGGUUUUCGAUGUGGAGCUAAUGAGGUACCAAAAUAUUGAAGAAGAAAUGGUGCAAAUGUUGCAAAUUGGCAUGGCUUGUGUUGCCAAGGUUCCAGAUAUGAGGCCUAACAUGGAGGAAGUAGUGAGAAUGAUUGAAGAAAUUCGACAAUCUGACUCGGACAACAACCGACCGUCUUCUGACGAGAAUAAAUCCAAGGAUUUAAAUGUUCAAACUCCAUGAUUAACUAUGCUGUUUUUUUUUUCUUGUGUUACAAACAUUAUUGAUUUAUUGAACUUGUUUCUUUAGGAAGUAACAUUCAAUGGGAUAUAAAAGUUCUCUGUUAUUGAAUUUGAGUUAGAUUUGUUAUGGAAUUGUGCUGUAUUAAAGUUGUGGUUCAAUUAUUUAUGAUCUUCAUCUAAUGAAAUGAUAAAUAUUACUCGUC